UUUGCGCAGCCGGAAGCGCGGUUGCAUGGUAAUGACGUGUCGCUUGAGUUCAUGUGUACACCGGCAUACUAAACUGGAAGAAACAUGGCUGUGGGAUUUCGUUCCGAAGCAUUUCGAAUAGUUCUACUGUGCUCGUUGUGGUACACGAUCAGCUCAACAAACAGCGUCAUUGGAAAGAAAAUACUCACAGAUUUUCCGUUUCCUUUGACUGUAGCGAUGGUCCAAGUGGUGUCUACAGCGCUGUUUUUAUCGCCAACACUCCGUGUUUGGAACGUUCCUCCGAUGAAAUCGUUACCGAAAUCCAGUCUUCUAAAACUGAUCUUACCUCUUUCAUUUGGAAAGGCUUUUGCGGCGAUAACAGCACAUGUUAGUAUUUGGAGAGUACCUGUCUCAUACUCGCAUACAGUAAAGGCAACGAUGCCAGUUUUUACAGUAAUUCUUUCCAGAACAAUAUUAGGAGAAACACAAACAAAGGAGGUUUAUUGUUCAUUAAUUCCUGUUGUUGGUGGGGUUAUUAUUGCUACUGCCACUGAAUUAUCUUUUGACCUUGUUGGACUACUAAGUGCUUUGUUAGCAACUUUGACCUUUGCUAUACAGAACAUUUUUACAAAAAAGGCAAUGAGAGACUUACAACUUAAUCACUUGCGUUUGUUGUUGCUGAUGGCAAGUAUAGCAUCUACCAUGUUAUUGCCAGCAUGGGCAUUGUAUGAUUUGCGAAGAAUUGUUCUUGUUUUAGAAUCAGGUGAGGAGGACAUUUUAUGGCUGAUGGUGAUUCUAACAAUAAAUGGAUUUUUAAAUUUUGCACAGAAUAUGGUAGCAUUUACAGUUUUAUCAAUAGUCACCCCGCUGAGUUAUGCAGUUGCCUCAGCAACCAAGAGGAUUCUUGUUAUUACAGUGUCUGUAAUAUUCCUGCGUAAUCCAGUUAGUGCUUAUAAUGUGCUGGGCAUGUUUGUCGCCAUCUUUGGGGUGUUUCUUUACAAUAAGGCAAAAUAUGACGCGAACAGAAGGAAGCAGGAACUGCCGAUACAUACAAAACACGAACAUUUUAACAAUGUCACGAACAAUCACAGACAUUAUCACCUUGUAUGAGCACUGCAACACAACGGCAAGAAGAUGCAACGAUUAAUGGGGUUUGCACGUUAGGGAAUAGCGUCGGAUAGCGAAAUCAAAGGUUAUCAAGCUUGGGAGGAUUUACCCGGAGAUAUACGGCUCAAGUAGAGCCAAUGUACCAUUGACCCUCCAGAAAUGUCAGGAGCAAAAACGAAUUUAGCUAUGAUCUACUGGCUAACUUCUCUUUAGUAUUACAUAGCAGAACUACCGAGGUAAGUCGUAGGAACUCACAACGUGAUCAUGUUAUUACCAACAUGUUAUAAGCAACUGAAUUCUACAAAUGAACCAUUUGCGAAAUGCGUCUUGUGCAGAGUGAAGAGGGCUCAGUUUAAAGCUAGUUUCCAGACUUCAGUUGGUUCUGUGCUCAGAUGCAGGAUGCUGAAGAAAAUACGUAAAAUUACGAUACGGAAUGGAACCCAACAAGCAAACUCGUACAUGACGGAGAACAUCGUGUGGAAUGGAUCAUUCACAAGGACAUGAAUUAGUACGAUGGCGAAGAACACAGAUAGAAAGAACAUUUUGUUUAAAUUGUAGAUGAACCGCUUUCCAAAUAUUUAUAGUGACAUUACUGACGAAGAUUCUUUGCACCGUGCAUGAUUGCACUGCAGCUUCCUUUCCAGGGUUUCUCUUGUGACGUGACAGACCUUUUUAACUUAGGCGGUUUGUUUUCCAUUACUGUCCACGUGAUUCUCAAGACAAACGUUCUUUUAUACGUCUAAAAGUUAUUCACUCAUACACACGCGACUAAUUGAAAAUUUGAAAGCAAGAAUUCUCAAGAGUAUCAUCACAUGGUCUGAAAUGGGACAACAAGCCCAAGCUAA